AUGGACAUACUCUCCCAAGGUCUCAGACCUCGCCCGCAAUUCAUUCUAUGCCGGCUCCAUCAAGCUCCCCAGAUAAGGCUCUACACAAAAGAAACGCUCGAGCGAAAGCGUCCUCGGCGACGACAGCAACUCAGGAAGUCUUCUCUAGCACCAAGGGCCCGUACCAUCAACCGCUCCGAGCCGAAACCUCCUCCACCCCCCAAACCUGAGGCUUUUGGCAAACCGCGCGACGCGUCCUCCAAUGCCGCAAAGGCUGAACGUUUCAAGGAGAGCCGGAGAAUAGAGAAAGCACUGAGGCAUGAGCACCAUGGGGAGAAUGUGUAUGCGUAUGCGCAUAUUGGGACGGGGCAGGUGGUGUACAGUUUGACAAGGGUUAUGGAUAAUAACAACAUCCUCCGCCAACUCGUCUUCCAUGGCAAAAAGACGGUUCCUGCCUCCCUUCGCCGCGACCUCUGGACCCCCUACUUCUCACUACACUUCCCAUCCUCCUAUUCCGGCCUGCUCGCCUACCACCAGCUGCGCGAGCUAUCCCUGCAACGCCAACUCCAGCCGCCCGACUACCUCAUCAAGACCACCAUCCAAACCGCUUCGAAGGAGCAGCGAGCAAAAAUGACUAGGGAAGAAGAGGAGAAAUGGGACGAAGAACACGAAGGCAAACCAUACCCAGACGGCCAUGCACAGAUGGCCCACAGACGCGAGCGUGCAAGGAAGUUGAUGAACCAGAAAGCCACUUCUGUGGCUGAUGUGGCGUUUGUGGUGGACUUGAUGCAGCGGGAGGGGCAUUUGCGCUCCGCGGCUUCUGUGGAGGAGCUGAUGAAACAGCGGAGGGCAGAGCGAUUGAAGGAGGCGAGUAAGAGGCGGACGAAGAAGUUGAGGGCGGAGUGGAGGAAGGAGGAGAAGAGGGAGCAGUGGUAUAUAGAUAUGACAAGGAAGGUGCAGGAGGGCACGAAGUGGGGUUUGGACAUGUAUUCGGCGAGGAGGAUCUCGCUCGAACAUGGCGGGCUGAUUGUUGAUCCGAGGAUUGGGAGGGCGAGAGUGACCUUGCCUGGCAGGGAAGGGGAUGCUAAAGAGAUUGAGAGUGGGAAUGCGGAAGAGAGAGAAGGGGCACAAGAAUCUGAUACCAGGGCCGUCACCACUUCUCCAACAACAGAGCCAUCCUCAUCCUCCUUAUCAUCAUCAUCAUCAUCAUCAUCAUCACCACCACCACCACCACCACCACCAGCCGUGCGCAUCCUUUGGUCCGACCUCCGCGACGCUACCUUCGCAGCCUCAUGGCCCGGAAUUGUCUUCCACGGCGAACUGGAGAGAUUGGCCGUAUCGCGACGUCCGGGCCGAAGAAGUGGAGACGCUCCGCCCGUCUUUGUGGAGAGGAGCGUGCACGUCAUGGGCGGGAUGAAGAUGGGUGGAGACGAGGAGUGGAUGCGGGGGAGUCAGUCGAGGACUUUGUGGGCGGACGAGGACGAGGACGGAAGGGAAGAUACGGAAGGGGAUGGUGUUGAGGGCGACGAGUCUAGAAAGAGUCGCAAGGAACGGGAGAGGGAGAGCGUGUCUGUUGAGCCGCCUCCUCCUCGUCGGAAGGGCGUGAUUGGUUGGGUUAAGGGCAGGUUGGGUAUGGCUGCUUGA